GUACGUGGUCAUCACUUGCACAGCCAGCUCAGACUCCUACGCCGCCCACGUACCUCACUCACCUCAGGUGAAGCUAGCUAGUGAAGUGAGCUUAGGCAAGUCAAGUCCGUGAUGGAUUUGAAGAGGGUGCUGGACAUCGUGGAGGAGGAGGUGGUGGACGGCGACGAGGAGGAGCUCGCCUCCCCGGACGCCAAGCGCCGGCGAACGCUUCUCAAUAGUAGCUCGAUGCAGGAGGCCAUUGGCGCGCAGUACAUGCAGAAGCAUCUGCCCAAGCUGGAGCCCUUUCUGCGCCGAGUUGUGCAGGAAGAAGUGCACAAUGUUCUUAUCCGCCACAUCGAUUCGGCUCACAGGCUUCCACUUCAGUUAAAGACGAGCAGCAAAAGAUACAAGCUGCAGUUCCAGGGCAACCUGCCUCAGACCCUUUUCACGGGCAACAGGGUAGAAGCAGAGAACAAGCAGCCACUUCGAAUUGUUCUCACCGACGCCGUCAACAACCAGCUGAUCACCUCAGGCCCCUUGUCCUCCAUGAAGGUGGAGCUCCUCGUUCUCGACGGCGACUUCAACGCCGACGAGCGCCUUGAGCACACCGAAAAGGAGUUCAGCGAGAGCAUAGUCUUCGAGAGAGAAGGCAAGAGGCCGCUGCUGUCCGGUGAGGUGGUCAUUGUGCUCGAGAAAGGCGUGGGCUCUGUCCGCGACAUCUCCUUCACGGACAACUCUAGCUGGAUCAGAAGCAGGAAGUUCAGGCUCGGCGCGAGGAUGUCUCGCGCCAGCUCCAUCGAAGAGAGGGUGCAGGAGGCUGUCAGCAAUCCCUUCCUGGUGAAGGAUCACCGUGGUGAAGUGUACAAGAAGCAUCACCCUCCUGCGUUGGCUGACGACGUAUGGCGUUUGGAAAAGAUUGGGAAAGACGGAGUUUUCCACAAGAAGCUCGCUGACUUUGGCAUCCACACCGUUCAGGACUUCCUCAGGAACUUGGUGAUGGAUCAAUAUGGACUGCGCGGCUUGCUCGGCAGUGGGAUGUCGAACAAAAUGUGGGAGUCAACCGUGGAGCAUGCCCGGGAGUGCGUCCUGGACGACAAGCUCUACUCCUACUGCAGCGAGCACGGGAUCAUCCUGCUCUUCAACUGCAUCCAUGAAAUCAUCGGGGUGGUGGUCGGGAGUAACUGCUUCUCCGUGAACGCCCUCACCGCAACGCAGAAGGCGCUGGUGGUGAAGCUGCAGCAGGACGCCUACAAGUUCCCCGGCCGCAUCGUGGAAUUCAAGGUGCAGUCGCAGAGCGCCGACCAGUCGCCGACAGCGCCGGCGCCGCCGGGUCCAGCGAGCGCGCAGAUGCCGGGCAUUCCUCCUCAAGGUGGUCAGUCUUCUCCCACCAGGCGAGGCGAACCCACAGCCACAGGACCAUGGCCUGCUGCCCCUCCACGAUGCCGCCCUGGGCCUGGAGGAUGUUCUGCACCAGCACCACCACCGCCACCACCAUAGCGAGCCCUGGAUCACCAAUGGCUUCGACGCGACGAGGGACCCUUUCGACAUGCUGCAGUUCAGUGGGCCGUCUCAGCCGUGCGGGCUGCUGCUCUCCAGCACCGGGGCGAGGUUGUGAUCCAUGCAGAGCCUCGCUAGCUGUGACUAACUGUCUGCUAAGUGCUAACACGUACUCGCAUGUCGUUGCUGUUUCGUGGGUUGGGGUGAUGCAUGCAGAGAGAGAAGGCAAUAAAAGUAGGUAGCGUGAUAGGAUUUGUAGGACAUGGGGGUCUUGUAAAAUGUGAUAUUACAAAGGCACUAAUCUGGAUUUUCUCCAUGCUAGGAGCCUCGAUCUCCUGUAUGUGUAAAAGGUGCUUGCUGCUUAGACUUUAUUUGGUUGUGUGUCAAUUUUUCCCAAGGCAAAGGAUGCCCCACUUGUAAGUUGUAACCUUUCUCUGUCCGCAAAGGACAGUGAAAUGAAAUAAACUUGUAAUCUUUCUCA